AAGCCAUCUCCCUUUUUUCCCCAUAGUAAUACUCAGCUAAUAGAAAUCUGCUCAGCAACUUUGGAUCUAGUGUAUAACUUUGAGUACCAAAUGAAAAAAAAAAAAACAUGUUUUCAUUUCUUAACCAUUACCAUUUUCUGUAGGCAAUUAGCUUAAGAUUGUGGUGCUUCAUUGUUUCGCUUAAACAGCCAUAUUCAGUAUUUUUAGUGUUCUUUUCUAAUUUCAAAUAAUGUGAUAUGUAUUAUGAAGUUUUAUGUCUUCCUUUGAAUCUUAUGUCAGACGUACUAAUAGAUAAUCCAGUAUUUUGGCAGAUUUAUUUUUACAGCAAUUGAAUUCUAGACAUGCUUCAUCUAACACUUUUUAGAUCAACUAAGUCAGGGAUUGGUGAUAUGUGGCAUUUCAGAUGUUGGGACUACAGUUCUUAUCAGCCCUAGCUGAGGAAAGUUUUAAAUCUCUGCUGGGAGUAAGGGGAGGAUGAUGACUGUCAGAGAGACACAGAAGAGAGAAAAUGACCAUUGUGGAAGAAGUGUAAAACUGAAAAAUGUUUCAGCUAAGAAUGUGUUCAGUUGUGCAAUAAUACUUUGUAGCAUACAUUGCAUGUAUUCUAGUAUGUGCUUGUAGCAGUAGCAUCUGAUGUAAACAAAAAAGUGUAAACUUAAGUGGAAAAAAUGAGGCAAUUUUGUUUGAGUGGCCUAUAUUUUGUGCUGUAACUAAGGAUAGUAGUACAAGGAAUUGUGAAAUCUAUGAAAUGAAAGGUGGCCAUGUGACAAUUAUGAUAAAAUAAAGUACUUCAGUUAAAUCUAUUAAACUAGCAUUUGUGAGAAGCAGAUACAAGGAUUGUCUAACUUAAAUCUUAUUUUAAUUUGUAUAUUCUUUAAGUAGGACUAAUUUAAAUAACAACUCCAUGUGAGAAAUUUACCUGUGAACCUCAGUCAUAUUUCUGGGUAAUUUAUCCUAGCAGUUUAUUUUGUCCUUUUUAUCUCAUGUUGCUAAGGAUACUAUAUUGGCCUUUGAGAGCAGGUAGUACUCAAUAUUGCAUUACUUUGAAUGCUGGUAAUUAAAUCAACUUACGUUUAUGCCUUUGCCAUAAGCCUUAAUUAAUACUUUGGUGGUUGAAUAACGUUUUUCUGUAAUCUCAUAAACUCUGGCAUACUGAAGAAGACCAUAAAUGACCUUUAUGAAAAAUACAGAAGCUGGGAAUUUUAGUAAUAUAGUAUUCGGUAUGCUAUAUAAAAGACCAUUACAUUUUCUGUGUCCCAAACUGUGUCUCUUUGUGGACAAAAAUUUGAGUUCAUUUGGCAUUGCCUUGAAGUGCUUCCUAUUUAUACUUGGGAAAUGGAGGGAGAGAUAUUUUCCCCAUUCUCUUGACAGCUUCUGCUUCCUGUUCCUUGAUAAAUUUCCAGGAAUGAUAAUUCCCAGAAUAAGAUAGCUCUCGGAGUUACUGUGCCUUAGUUGUGAAGUUUGGGAUUACUCAAGAAACAGUACUUGUGGGCUUUCCACAGGCAGCUCCUGACUAACUACAGUAAAUAGAAUGCUGGACUGGUUGGGCCUUUGGUCUGACAACACAGCUCUUAAAUUUUUAGGGCAGCUCUAUUCAUGUUGAGUUUAAGGAUAAGCAUGCUUUGGUGGAGUGUUCCUGGGAAAAGAACUGUCCAGGUUGCCGCCCCCCCCCCCCCCCGCUACAUGCAAAUGUCCAUUAUACACAGUUGGUUUUCAGAGCACUGGAUAACUAGAGGAAGAGUAUGUCCCCAGCUGCACAGAUAAGUCAGUGGCAUAAUCAUGCAUUUCAUGGUUGCAGACACCCCUUGGAGUGAAACAUUUUCCUUGGAGUGAAUGACUGUGUCCAGAAAUGUAGUGUGCCCUUACUGGAGGUUAAUUUCGUCACUAGAUUUAAUUUCACUUAAAAUGCUGUUAGUGUUUGUGGCUAAAAUCAAAGCAUUCUAGAAAACUACAUUCUGUAGCAGAAUGGCUUCUAAGCAUGUUUUGUAAACUUAAAUGUUUGUUUUUCAAUGUGUGUGUAUGUGUUAGGAUAUCAGUGCAACAUUUAGAGGAAAAUACUAAGGAUACCAGUGAGCUUUUAUGGCUGAAGCAGUAUUCAAACCAUCCACUUCAGAAAACAGUUGUCACUACAGUAUCAUAGUUUUCUGGUUGUAAACCUUAGCUUGAAAAUUAUAAACAGUGUCUGUUUUUAUGAGAAGCAUUGGCACUGAACUCCAGCUUAUGUCAAGGAAGACCACAUUUUGCACCAUAAAUGUAGAGGUUCUGUAUUCUAAAUUAAACUAAUUAAAUAUGUAUAAUUAUGAUUUGUAUGUUAA